AUGUCUUGGGUUGAUCCAGAUUUUGAUUUUGAGGAUUUGUUGACCAAAAGAGAUAGUAAUGCCACGUCUUUCCAAAGCGGAACUAAUUUCAUUGCGGGAUUGUCUGGAUUCACGGAUAUGCUCCCUAAUAUCGCCAAAUCUUAUAAAUUUUAUAUUAUAAUAUGUAUAUAUCUUUUUGUACUGUUCUCUAGUAUUGUUCUGAAUAUUGUCUUCUUCAUAGCAUUGUUAUUAAGUUCGAAACAGUUCCGAGAGAGAGCUUUUGUUAAAAUCUUAUGGCAUGUAAUUCUUGCCAAUUUAAUAAUAUGUUUGAGUAACCUAUUUAUUACUGUGCCAUUGACGCUAUUAGAAUAUACACAAUUGGAAUUGAAUAGUUUUCAAAGAUCGUGGUUUUAUACAGCAUUCAAAGUGUUGGGAAUGUUCGCUGUAGAGCUUAAUCUGGUUCUCACACUAAUUGUUGCUAUUCAACGUCUAUUGGUAUUUGUUUCACGCAGGUUAACUAUACUCUUGUUUGAAGGAUUUAUCUUUUAUGUAAUUAUGGCAUCUGCUUGGGUUGUUACCUUCUUCAUAGUAUACUCGUUAAGCUACUACGGCUGUCGCUAUAUGUGGCAUGGAGAAAUGCUUAUGUUCGUUUUUCGAUGUGGUGACAAGGAAAAUAAUUAUCCACAGGUUACGGUAACUGUUGAAAUUUUGGUCGUUGCUCAAAACAUCUCCAUUCCUGCAAUAAUUUUUUUCAUUUAUUUGAUUAUAUUCUACCAUAUACAUUCUCAACGACGAGUAUCACCCGUUGAUUCCGCUAUAUCAUAUGAGAUUGAAAUACUCAGACAAGCUUUUUUGAUUUUUGUUUUCUUCGAGAUUGCUUCGUUUUUCUCAAUGAUCAUACCAAAUAAGCGUAUCAGUGUAGAAACGGCAUUUGUUUUUAAUCGAGUAGACAUGACGCUGAAUCUGCUGGCUGGUGCAUUAACACCCACGAUGUUCAUGGCAACAAGCACCGAAUUCAAAGACCAUCUCAAACUGUUCGCGCUCCUAAAACCGAAAGUUGGCAUCAAAAUUGUAUCUUCCUUUGGUCCACCUCGUGGAGGCCCAUCUUCGUCGGCUGCCACGCCCUUUAGAUAUACUCGCAAUAACAAUUGA